AUGAAAGGCCGGGGUGCUCCGGGUCUGUCUGACACAAUUCCGGGCGCCGGCGCGGCGAGUCUGGAGACUGCAACCCGGGACAGACGACACGCGGCCGCCAAGAGGAGCACUCCCGCCGCUCUGACACGUUUGGUCCCGCGAACUUCUAUUUUCGAAAUUCAAAAUUCGAACGAAUUGUCUUUUUCGCUGUCUCCCUAUUAA